AUGUUGCCAUUAUCGCAGUCAUGGUAUUAUUGGGCAAUGGUAGCACUUCUUUUAGCACAGGUAGUUUUAUCUAUCAAUUAUCAUAUACUGGUCUGCAAUAUGCCGAUUGCUAAUACUUUAUUGUUACUGGUAAUUAUGGCGCAUCAUGGAUAUGCUCUAGGUGAUCAGGCUCGUCCGCUUUUCCACCGAAUAUGCGGUUGUGUCGCUUUUAUUGCUGUCUUAUUCGUAAACACUACUCACGCACUCGAACUUCUUACUGAUUAUCAUGAUGAUCACUCUCAUUCACAUGGAGAGGACGAACACCACGAUGAACAUCACUCAGACGAAUAUGGCUUCGCUUUCGUGCCAAGUAAGUAUGUUUGCUACCUUUUGGCUUUAUAUGUUCCUCAAGUUACUUUUACUUACUCGUUUUCACGCACUUCAUUUAUGCUUCGCUAGCG